AUGGUAUCCGCACAACGUUUGUUGACCUAUGGCUCUCCUGUCAUUGCUGCCAUUGCAAUUCUUGUGGUUCAAUAUCCGUUGCUUUGGUCGGCACUGGAAGAGUCUUUGGAUAAAUUCGGUGAAUACCUUGUGGCAGAAUUGCUGGCCGACAAGAAUAUAUUCUUUUUGUCUGCUGCAUAUGCUCGGUGGGCCUUGCCAUGCCCAGGCACUGCCCAAGAGUCUCUAAGGCUGAAACUUGUGGCGUCCUGUUGUGUUGGCCUGGUAGCUCGAUGGAACAUUGAGGCCGCCAGAGCUGGGACAGCUACAAGUUUCGCAAGUGGUCCUUGUGGCUUUAUUUUGUGCCAGUUUUGGCCUCUUUUCGUUGUCCAUCUCAACUCAUAUCUUGGGGUUGCUGCAUGGGAUUUCUUCGCGUUGGCAGCCGUGGUUGGGGCACAAGCUGUGGCUAUUUUGAUGUAUUGGACGACAUGGUGGUAUCCUUUGGGCGAGCUGGUUGUUGAGGCUGCAGAUGUUUUGCUCCCUGUGAGUGAGGUGAUGUCUGCAUUUCACAUUCUUCGAGACGUGAUUGGCAAAGAGCACUUUGACCAGUAUGCUGCAGAACUUGUUAUUGUGGUCAGCUAUGUGCAGAUAUCUCUCGGCUAUGUCAACAUUUGGUACAUGCGCCAGGACAAAGCACGGUCAAAUGCAUUGCUUGAGGUGGCAAGUGGCAAGCUGACCGCACGACAGUUUUUGCUGGAGAAAGUUGUGGUCUACGUCACCAGUGUUGCAUUACCCUACAUGCUCCAACGCAGUGUCAUGGAGACGGCCAAUAGCGCGUUCUUCCGUCACUGUUUCAACCAGGUUGAAGAAUCUUUGCGUGUCGAUGCCUUUCUCCAUACAGGCGAGCAUUUUCACAAUAGGCUAGAAGUUGUUCGCGAUUCCAAUUACACAGUUGAUGGCUAUGCAGAAUCCUUCAGUAGCUUAAUUUCCACUAGCUACCAUUUCUUGGAGGAGAAGCUAUACGCAGUGCCCAACCUAGUGCUUAUGUCUGGGAUGCUUUUCAGCCAGCCUACUCUUACGCUUACAUUGCUUCCUGUGAGCAUUGGGCUUGACUUCGGUCGAGUCCGUGCGGUUACAUUCGUCACGACAGUGGUCGAAGAGACCACCAAGCAGCUGAGACGUCUUGCUGACAAGCGUAGGAAGAUCGAGCAGCAUGAUGUGAGACACGCUGAGGUCAUCAGUCGCACAGAAACAGCUGCCAUUGUGGCAGGGCGUUGGGAGACCCUAGCCUCUGAGAUAUUGGACAUCACCCUUUGGAGAAGAUUUUUGCUAUCUUCAAAGCUAUAUAUGAACUGGAUUUACUACAACAACUUGCUUGGAGUUGGGAUUGAGUGUGCCAUAGCACGCAUAAUGGAAAUCGAUAAGAUUACAGCAGCAGACAUUGGGGUCUAUGCUAUGGUAAUCGAAGAUGCGAUCGGAUUUCUCCUCACUCGCUACCGGGAGGAGGCCAAACUCGCCGAGAUGCAAACCCACCUGCAGCGCCUUUCGGAGCUGCAGAAGGGUUUCGUUGCCCACUUUCAAAGGCUGCAUAUGCACUCCCAUUGCCGGAGAGAAAGACACGCUGGUCCUCUGCAGUUUCGAAACUUCUCUUACCACUGGGGCACCUUGCACAUGCAGUUUCCCAAUUUGGACCUGACGUCUGGCAAUGUCUAUGCCAUCACAGGCCCCAAUGGAUGUGGCAAGAGCACUUUGUUCUCCAUCUUUGCUGCGUGCACGCAACCAAUUCCAUUACCUGCUGGCUUGAGGACUCAUGGCGAAGUUGUGCUGCCUGUGGACGAGAUUGUAGAAAUCCCACAGAGGCCCUACCAUCCUCUCUUUAUCAAGCCGUUGGCAUGGUUGCUGAACUUGGCAGAGAUUGAUCUUGCAGAAGAAGUGCUGCAGCAGGCAGAGGAACGUGUAGCAAGGGUUUCUUCGGAACUGCGCUUCCACACCGCACAAGCUGCGUUGUCACCUGGGCUUUCUUCGCCAGAAUUGCGGACUGAGGCUGCGGACUGGUAUGCUGAGCUGUCUGGCGGCCAGCGGAGCAAAGCUGAACUGAUGAGACAGAUUUUCCUCAAGGAAAGCUGUCCAAAGGUUGUCUUGAUUGAUGAAGCUUUCGCUCCUCUUGAUCCGACCUCGAAGCUGCUUGUGCAGCAAAAGCUGAAGGAGUUUUGCUCCCAAUCACUUAUUCUUGUUAUAUACCACACAGGCGACGGCACGGAGUGCAUCAAGGGCAACAGCUUCUUCGACGACAACCUGCACCUCUCAAAUGGCACGGCACAAUUGGUGGGACUUUGCUGA